AUGCUCCUAUCGGAUAGCGACGAUGAGCUAGAUGUGAGCAGUAUAAGAACGCAAAGAACGCCCCAGAGUAAUUACAAUGAUGAACUCAAAAAACAAGUAUAUGAAAAGGCCGGCGAAAACGCGAUAUUACGCCAGCAGCUCACGCUUCAGGCUUCGAAACACAAUGGCGCCAUCAACGAUUUAAUAAAAUCGCACCAGCGAAUAAACGAGUCUCACACCUCCGAGCUUGAAAAGCUCCGAAGUCAGCUGAAAAGCGUCGAGUCGGAGCUACAAUUCGCUAAAGAGGAGAUGCGAAUGCGCUCCGUAGACACCGCCAUGAAAUCUGAGCCAUUCACCAUGAAGGCCACGCCAGCUCGUUCGUUGCCACCCAGAUUCGCUGACGGGUUUGUGGUGAAACGACCAAAAAUAUCCAAAGGAAGAACCCCGGAACCCGCUCGGCCAGAUGCUGCUACAGGACUUUUAGCGAUAAACAGUCUACCCCAUGAAGGAAACAUCGUGACUAUACAAUUUUUAUAUGGAAUCCCUCAUCCUGAAGAUCCGCGAAAAACAAUUGGUGCGGCAAUUGCUGCUGAGAACAACCCCGAGGGCCAGGUGAACGAGACGAUGAGAACCAUCUUCAAAACGGAUUCGCUCGAAGUGAAACAAGCGCUCUUGAUCCUCGUAUACGGAUUUUGUCAAACUGGAGUUUUUCCUGAACACGAAACGCUCAUUCAGCUCCAGCAACUGACAGUGGAUUGCCUUCGAGUGCUCAAACCUUUCCCACCAAUCGAAAACGCUAUUGGCGAGUUUGUAGUCAAGAGCAUGGAUGCAAAUCUCUUAUCCACUAUUUUGUACUCACUGGAUGUACUGGCCUGCUUUCCAGAUCCUGGGCCAACCCCUGAGCUGUUUGAUCUCAUAAUUGCCUCGAAAAUACCGGCCGUGAUAGAUCGAGGGUUCGCGAUUUUUUCAUUGAGUCCUAAUGUGGUUGUUGAAGAGCGCAGGCUGUUUUUCGACGCCCCACCAGAACCAAAACUGGAGCUCUUAUUCGGCGGCAUACUUGACAAUAAAGUACACGCAAUGGGACAGCACAAAUACUCCCAAGAGUACAUUUCGUUGAAUGUGCAGCCAAAGGACGUAGAUAUGGAAGAAGUCGUACGGGAGUCCUACCUCAGUCAACGGGCUGCUGGUAUAUUACUUGCUGCUAGCCGGCCACCGUCCAAACUGAUCCGAACCGAGGUGGAAAACAUCUUCAUUUCUCAAGUGGAUUCAUCAGUCACCGUGUCACAACUUGUCCUUAUAUCUAGAUGUGUCUGGUACCUCUGGUCGAUCCUCGACAGCACGACACGCACCGGUAAUACUGACGAGCUAGUGGUUGCCUGUGCUCAAGUUGCGUAUUCGCCAGAGUACCCCAAGCAAGUAACCAUGUGGGCGCUGGAUAUUUUACACCAGUUGGUAGACCCGGCUGAAAUGAACAUCAUCGCCGACGAAUUAAGCUAA